CGCAUGCGUAAUACUGUGGGCGGAACUGUUUGAAGACGAGCGUGUACGUGGUGGUUAAAAAACGACCAGAGAACUGCUGAAACGAGUGUGUCAAGGAAAAUGUCUGUCGCAGAACCAGAAGAAAGGGAGGUGGUCAUCUCUGGCCAGGAUCGAAAGCUAAACUCGCCUGAAGACGUCGAGGACACGGUGCGGGCCAUAAACGAGGAUGAGGGGCUAACGACUCUGAGACUCAGCGGGAACAGUAUGGGGGUCCAGGCGGCGCAGGCAAUAGCUGGAGCCCUAUCCUCCAGACCGUUAUUCCGCAGAGCUCUCUGGAAGGACAUGUUUGUUGGCCGAUUGAAGUCAGAAAUACCUCCAGCUCUGACCACUCUAAGUGAUGCAGUGAUGGCAGCGAGAGCCCAUCUAGUGGAGCUGGACCUCAGCGACAAUGCCUUUGGUCCGGCAGGGAUUGAGGCCAUCUUCCAGCUGCUUUCCAACCCCGCCUGCUUCUCCCUCAGGAUACUCAAACUGAACAAUACUGGGAUGGGUCCUCAGGGUGGCGAGCUGUUGGCGGAAGCUCUGGGCCAGUGUCACAGUGAGGCCAGCCGACAGGGAGGGAGACUACAGCUGGAGGUGUUUGUUGUCGGGCGGAGUCGACUGGAGAACCCGGGAGCCUCCGCCCUGGCCGAGGUGUUUGCCGAGCUGGGCUCACUUCGAGAGGUGGCCAUGCCUCAGAACGGCAUCAGCAAAGACGGAAUAUCGGCUCUGGCCUCUGCCUUUGCCAAGAACACUGAACUGAGGAGUAUUGAUCUCAACGAUAACACCUUCACUGAGGAGGGGGCGGCUGCCAUGGCAACGGUUCUCCCGUCGCUGCAGGAAUUACGAGUCAUCAAUUUCGGAGACUGUCUCUUGAGAUCGGGAGGAGCCCGAGCCGUUGCUGGAGCCAUCGCUGACGGACACCAGAAAUUAGAGGAGGUACAUAUCGGGUUCAAUUCGAUGGACGCAUCAUCAGCUGUGGCAGUGGUGGAGGCUCUGGCAAACAAGAAGGAACUGAAGAAAAUCGACUUCAAUGGGAACUGUUUUGGAGAGGAGGGGUGUGAGACAGUGAGAGAGUGUCUGGAGGCUAAAGGUCUCGGAGACUGUCUUGACUCACUCAGUGAUGAUGAGGGAGAGGAAGGAGAUGAUGAUGAGGGAAAGGGCGAAGGACGAUGAGAAGGAAGGGGAGGAAGAGGAGGAAGAAGAGGGGGAGGGAAAGGGAGAAGAAGGAGAAGGAGAAGAAGAGGGAGAGGGGUCACAGGGAGAGCCAGAGGAGGUGGAUAAGGUGAGCGUUGAGGAGUACCUUAGAGAUCCGAGCAGCGAAAACCUGCUGGGACUGGGCGGAGCUCGGGCGGAGCUUGUGGCCGGCACUCUGGGGGUGUCAUUGAGUGGAGAGGAGGCAGGGAGGAUGUAUGUGAAAAUUGCCUCCUGCUAUUCUGACAGCAUGUCUCCUGAACUGAAGUCGGCCUUGGAGGAAACCAUAGAUGCAGUGGUAGGCCCGGUAUGUGAGGCCGGGAAGACUGCUCUUCUACUGAAUGAGAUCCUGGUUCAAGUUGGUUUGCUCAAGAGUGAAGAUAAAAGUUUUGUUCCGGUAAAGAACAUCGAAGGUCCAGUUCUGGCUCUCACUCACAUCGUCCGUCAGAACUAUUUCCCCAGAAAUUGCAGGGAUACCCUCAUCUCAUUCAUACAGAAGCCUCAUCAAGGUCUAAUAGCCACAAGGCCUAAAGUUCUACAAGUCCUCUAUGCAUCGUAGACCACCCACUAGCCCAAUUAUUACUCUCUCUCUCUCAUUCUGCCACUGGUCAUGAUGAUAAUUAUUAUGCAAGUCCGUAACCCUGCAACACUGCAAAUAAUGAAAAGCACUAA